AUGGACAAGAACAGUGCCAACGGUGGGCCACCCAGUUACACCACCGCAUCGGCACCGGCACCGGCAUCAGGGUCAGCGUCGACGUCAACCUCGGCACCGUCGCAAGCAGCGGCAGCUCCGCCCGCAGCUGCAGCCGCACCCCUGAUCAUCUCCGAUGUUGCUGGCUUGAGCAUCGACGACAGCGACUCGGCUGAGCCUGCUCGCCGCACAGAGGAUUUGCCUCCUGGCGUGACGUUGAAAGAGGCGAAUGAUCCUGCUUCCUCGUACAGCCAAACUAGAGCCGCCCUAGAACUGCCUCUCGUCACAGCGACCAAGCGCAUCCCUAGCCCACUUGCUCAAUCUGCUCCUCUGGCCCCCUUUUUGCUGCACUGCACCCUCUUUGCCUCGUAUGAUAUCAACUCGCCCCAUCCAGUUCCCCUCAGGCAGGUCGGCUGCCCCGCACAGCACUCUCGCGGCGAGGCGUCGGCGACUUCCAAGACCAAAGUCUCUCAGUCCGUCUCAAAGCUCCGCAAGCGCCUCGGCGUUCAAAUACCCGUUUCCUACCUUGGCAGCCCUGGAUUCAACCCGAGCUCUGCUACGCCGUCUUCGCCUUACGAUGGAGUGCAUGCGUUCCUUUCCCAUCCACACCCCAGGAAUGGAGCAGAGAUGGUGGCCAGGUCCGGCAACGUCAGCCGAUAUCGUAGGGUCAGUCUCUUCCAGGCGCAAGCUAGAGAGAUGACCGGCAUCGUGUCGAGACCGUUGGUCGAGCGCGUCUUGUCCGUCAUGUAUGCAGGCCAAGGCAUCUACGAUCCUAUGGCAGCGUUCCCGGCUGAAGCCGUGCUCCGUUACUCGAACAAACCCUCGGUCGCAGACUCGAACAGUCCUGCUGGCGAUGUUGGCGAACAAAAGUCAGGCUGGCUCGCCAAGCUCAAAGCCAAAGCCAAAGCUGGCAGCAGCAGCAGCAGCAGCAACGACAAGGGCAGCGGUAUGUCUGGCUCGCACCAACUCGAGCAGGUCAAGUCUGCCGAAAGUGUACGCGACGCUAGCGCGGCAAACGAUGGCCAGACUCCCGACGUCCGAACGGUGAAAGCAUCCAUGGUGUUUGCUACCAUCGACCUGCUCGCCCCUCCACCUCGCUUGCUCGAGACGGGCGGACCGUACCCGGUCGAGAUGAACAAAGCAUCCGACGCUGACCUGGCCACCUCUGCUCGACUCAUCAGCGAAUUCGACCGUGGUUCGGACGAAGAGCGCUUCCAAAAGUUCUACUUCACGCCCAGUGCUGCGGAUGAUCAGCUCUGUGCUGGCAUGCUGCGCGCGCUGGAGCGCAGAGGAGCCAUUUGGGUCGAAGCCGGUAGACUCAUCACCCCGAGCUCUCGAAACCCGAAUCCCAGAGAAAGAGCUAGGUUUUUGGUCAAAGGGUUGUUCCCGGAACGCUUUGUGUACAGAUGCAAGUACUACCGCGCACGCAAGUUCGAACCCAUGCCAAACGAUUUGACGGUCAAAGAGGUGAAGCGCUUCGGUUCUCCGCUCAUCGUGCAUCUGGUGCAGGAGCGUACGGGCAACGAAGGCAUCGAUCUGCGCGACUACUUCGCUUCCCGUAGCGCUGGUCAGGGGGAUGAUUGGGAGUGGGACGAGGACGACAAUCUGAUGCUCAACAGUGCGGCGGUGGAAGCUGACGGGGGAGCGGCACCUCCGGAUUACGUUGGAGCAUAG